AUGAACGCUGGAGCCGCCGCCGGAGCCAAAGCUGCUCCUCCCAAGUUUAAGCAGAAGGAGGCGAGACAGUUCAAGAGCAAAGCCCCCAAAGCCGGACAGAAGGGGUUUGACAACGACGUUCCGGGGAUGGACGGACUUGGAGACUCGGCCGUGGUUUGUCCCUGGGAGGCGUUCGGCGACAUGGAGCUGAGUGACCUGGCGCAGUUCGGCAUCGUUUAA